AUGGCAACUCUUACAGCGAACACGCUCCUUCCGAGUAUCAGUGAACAGGAUGCUUCUGGCAGUUCCGAGCCAAACAUCGAUCCAGACUCUCAGUGGAAGUAUGAAAUCAGGAGGACGAUCGAGCGCGAACUGCAGCCCAUGGUCGACAAGGCGCGGGAGGAGAAGGAGGAGAAGCUGAGAGGGUGUUUGAAUGACGAGGAGAAGGAGAGGGUGGUACAGGAUUAUGGGAACACGAUGGCAAGUAUUCGUCGGAUAGCGCAGGAGCGGUAUGAUUUUUUCAUGCGGGAGAGAGAAGAGCAACAGGCAUCGAGCGCUAGCGCGGAGUCGAUGGAAUACAGCGCAAUAGUUCGGGAACAGCAGGCUCUCCUCGAUCAAAUUCGAAGAGAGCGAAGCGUGCGGCCGCGUUAUGAUUCCGCGAUCACCGAAAUGACUAUUGGCCAGGAUGGAGAGGAUGCUGCUGGGCUCUCGGGCACAGAUGACAGCCAGAUGCCUGUAGAUCAAUCUCAGAGUGCCGGCUUGGGGCAGCAGCCGAGAAAUUCGCGGCCAGUUAGUGGAUCGAAGCCCUUCGGGGGGAUUACGGCCGGUUUUCAGAAAGUAUCACAAGUGUCUUCCCCUAGUCCGACUGUUGCUGAGCCUGAGGAGAGGGGGGUCAGUCGUCGACCAAGUGCUGCCUCUUUGUCAAAAGCAAGGGGACAGGAGAUAUGGCGUCCUGCUGGGGCAACAGACGACAGACCAGCUACGUCCAGAACGUUUGCUCAUGCUGCAGCGACGCCAGACAUCCCUGUUACCCCCACGAGACGGGAUAGCGUCACGAGCGAUGCGCCCAGGGGUCCUUCGCGGUCAGGCAGUGUUCGCUAUGAUGCUAGAUACAUCGCUGAACCAGAUGUGGAGGUCAACAUAGGGUCGUGGAAGGAGAAGGGCGAGCUCGAAGCCGUCGAUCAGCAAUGGACGACAGAGAGAACUAGAGAUAGACAGAGUCAGAACUCCAAGAUUCCGCCGAGACUUUCUGGAAAUGACUUCAACUCUCGCAGGUCCGAGGAUCGUCCACAGAUGCAGAAUGGUACGACGUCUUCUGGAUGGCCCACGCAGCCGCCGACGCCUGCAAGCGCGCACCUUUCCCGACCGGGCUCUCUAGGAGGGACGGACUACUUCCAACUGCCGACUGAUCAUACGGGGAUACCAAUUCGAGCAUCGUCGCAGAUGUCAGGACACCGAGGGUCGCCCGAGUACGUCCGCCAACAGCAGUCGGGAGUCUCUGCGACCAGGCCGAUUCCACAUAAACGGUCACUUACCGCCGAGAGUGAGGUUCGUCAGCCGCAGGUCAGUCCCAGCUGGGGGUCAUUCCAAGGGCCCCCAACAGGGCAGGCGAUUUCAAAUGUCAAAGUUGGUAUGCGCACCGGCAGCAGAAGAUCUUUCACAUCUGAUGACGGGGGUCGCCAGCUUCAAGGAAGUCCACGGCCGCGACUCUGGAACGGGCCGGAGAGUAUCCCUCACAGUCCUCGACGUGAUUCCACGGGUUCGCGUUCAAAUUUGUCGCGCUCGUCGAAACAGGAAACGUAUGGCCGCGUCGGCUCCGAUUGGCGACAUCUACCCGCCUACGAUGAACAAUCUGUUGACUCAGGCGAAAGCGAUUGGGAAGAUGACGGCUACGGUAUUCAGUCCCUCGAGAGGAGAGAAGAUGAGGCGAGACGUAUGACAGAGGAAGCGCAGCGAAAGGCCGCAGAGAUACGGAAGAAGGAGGAGGAAGCCAAACGGAGGGAAGAUAGUAUAAGGCGGAGAGAGGAGGAAGUCAGGCAGCGCGAAGAAGAAUUGAGGGGGAAGGAGAAGGACGCCGAGCAGCGAGAAGAGGAUGCAAGGCGAAGAGAGGAAGACGCAAGACGGAGAGAGGACGAUGCGAAGCGGAAAGAGGAGAGUGUGAGGCGUAGAGAGGAAGAUGUGGGGAAGCGUGAACAGGUAGUGAGGCAGAAAGAGGAGGACCUCAAACGACAGUCGGAGGAAGUGACGCGGCGAGAACAAGGAAUCAGACGCGCCCAGGAGGAGAUGAAGCGGCAGGCGGAGGAAGCGAAGCGUCAGAAAGAGGAAAUGAAGCGGGCGGACCAAGAAGCUAACCAGAGGAGACGGGAGCUACAAGAACAGAUGGGAGAGGUCAAGCAGAGGGAAGAAGAGGUUGGACGCAAAGAGCAGGAGGUUUUACGGCGAGUGGAGGAAGUAAAACGGAAAGAGGAAGACGUGAGACGUAGGGAACAACGAACCUCCCGAGAUGCGGAAGACACGAAGCGUCGAGCCCAGGAAGUUUCUCAGAAAGCCGAGGAGAUCCAGGCACGAGAGUCCGAGAUUACCCAACAAGCCAGGGAGGCGAAGCGUAGAGAUCAAGAAAUCACGCGCCGAGAAGAGGGAAAUCGCUCUAGGGAAGACGAGUCAAAGCAGAGAGAAGAGGAAUUGCGACAGCGCGAAGAGAGGCUAGAUCGCGAGCAGUUGCAAUUGCAAGCCAAGCAAGAUGCAUUGCGGCAGAGCGAGCUGAAACGACGGGAAGAGGAGUCAAGGUUGAAGGUGCAGAGGGAAGAGGAAGCGAGAUUGAGGGAGGAAGCAAAGUUAAAGGCGCAGAGGGAUGAGGAGCUGAAGUUGAAAGCACAGAGGGAUGAGGAACUAAGAGCGCAAAAGGACGGAGAAGCGAAGCUAAGAGCGCAGAGGGACGAAGAAGUGAAGUUAAAGGCGCAAAGGGAGGAGAGGCGACGGGCGGAGGCGUCCCGGCGCGAAGAAGAGGAACGCCUCAAAGCGCAGCGGCGAGCAGAUACGGAGCGUCUGAGGGCAGAAGAGGAGGACCGGCGGUACAGCGAGGAGCUCGCCCGACAGGAGGCAGAGCAAACGGCACCUCAGCUAGCAGCAGACGGUAAUUUCCUAAGGGAACAAGAGGUCUUACUGCGACAUGCCCAAGAACGCAAACGACAAGACAACUUCCCGCAUGAGAACGGUCGUUCUCCAGCCACUCCACAGCCGUCGACGUCUCAUUCCGCGCCACGAAAUAUUCCAGGUCGAAGUGCUUCGAUCUCGAGCACUGCAUCCGGGGACCGUAGUAGCACGGCCUCGUCUAGUGUCGGCAGUACGUCGGGCUUCUCGUUCUCUAGCCGUUCCAGUGCCUCCAUGUCUAGCCAAACGUCGACGGCUACUACCGCAGGUACGCCCAAGGCUUCCGCAAAAUCUCCUGCUUGGAAGGCAUCGAAUUCAUCUUCUGGAGGUUCUGCCUGGAAGGCUCCGCCGAGUUCACCUAUGACAACAGAGUACUCGCCUAGUCCUGUACAAGAUGAGGACGAGUGGCAGCGCCGUCAAGAGGAGUACGCAAGACAGCAGCAAGACCUAUACCGACGGAUGAAGGAGAAAGAGCGGCUGGCGCAGUCGACGAAGCAGAUGACCAAGGACGACGUUAUUAAGCUAUUUGAGGAGCACGAGGGCUGUUGGAGUAGGAUACCAACUAUGGACGUCUUGAGCUGGUAUUCGUUUCCUUGGCCGGUAUUGAAGAUUCCCAAGGGCCCGGAGGACUUUAGCUUGGCUGCGAUCGAUGCCUAUAUUUUGUCACCCCAUCAUCCGAAGGACAAGACAAAGAGCCCGAAGGAUCGGAUUAAAGAGAACAUCAGGAAGUGGCACCCGGAUAAAUUCAACGUCCAGUAUUUGUCAAAGGUGCGGGACGAUGAGCGGGACAGAGUCAAGGAGGGCGCCGAAGCUGUUGCUGGAUUCUUGGGCGAUAUGUUGAGACGCCAGUCAACGACCGCCGAUUUGUUUGCAUAA